GUGAAGCCGUUAAAAGGGAGCUUUAAGGUUCCACAAUAUAAUAAAUCUGACACCUGUUCCCAAUUCUCUGUCCCACCAGAGCACUACAACCCAGGUAUAUCCGGAUACGACACGGUGAUGUACGCAGCCGCCGGUCCGGAACACAUGGAAGGUACUAUGGCGUGGGGCGUCAUGUGCGCAACUCUGACUGAUGGUCGUCCGGUGGCAGGUGGUAUUUAUCUCUCCCCACGUGAAAUCACCAAUACCUCGCAAAUGGUACGUGUUGUCGCUCACGAGAUGGCGCACAUCCUUGGUUUCGACAGAGAAGUGUUCUCUGCUAAUAAAAUGAUUACUCUGGUGCAUGAUGUUCGAGGAAAGAGUAACGUUCAUAUGUUAACAUCAGAAAAGGUUAUGGAAAAGGCUCAGGAGCAC